GAAACAUAACCUCAAUGUUAUUUUGAACAACAAAAGUCCAUUAAAAACAUUCGUGUGUUGAACAUUUUUUUUAGCAAUGAUUCUGCGACGAUUGUUUGUCGUCAAUUCGGCGCUAUACAACUGCCGUUAUUUCAGUUCAACAGCAAAGCCGUUAAAAGUGCAAGAGCCAUUAAUAGUGAACAAUGUAGAAUAUAAACGAGACGGCUGGACUAACUUAAAGCCACGAAUACAAUCUUAUCUGAAUCGUAAUAUCUACCUGCAAGACCAUCAUCCGUUAUCAAUUGUGCGAAAAAAGAUUGUCAACCAUUUCUACAAAUCAUUUAUAUCGAAUCGAGGCAAUCCACUGUUCAGCGUAGCCGAUAAUUUAAGUCCAAUCGUAACGCUAGAGCAAAAUUUCGAUAGUUUAUUAAUACCAGUCGAUCAUGUUAGCCGAAAAAAGUCAGACAGUUUUUAUUUGAAUUGUGAUCACAUGCUGAGAGCCCAUUGUACAGCCCAUCAAUUGGAUCUACUUAAGUCGGGAUUGGAUAAUUUCCUAGUCAUUGGUGAUGUGUAUCGUCGCGAUCAAAUUGAUUCAAGUCAUUUCCCAGUUUUUCAUCAAGUCGAUGCAGUGCGAACAAUUCGUCGUGAUAAAUUGUUUGAGAACCACGAAGGAUUGGAAAUAUUUGAGCCAAAUUAUGUGCCUGGCAGUGACAGUGAACUGUUGUCAGCGAAUGAUCUGAGGGGGAAAGUUGCAGAGGCAGGAAAACAACCAUGUCAUACACUUGAAGCGGUUAAAUUGGCGGAGCAUGAGUUGAAAACGGUGCUCGUUGGACUUGUUAAACAUUUAUUUGGCGAAAACAUCAAAUAUCGAUGGGUCGACGCAUACUUUCCAUUUACACAACCAUCGUUUGAGCUUGAAAUUUGGUACAAUAAUGAUUGGUUGGAAGUGCUGGGUGCUGGUAUUAUGCGCAAUGAAAUUUUAGAAAAAGGUGGCAUCACAAAUUCAAUUGGUUGGGCAUUUGGUAUUGGAUUGGAACGAUUGGCGAUGGUUUUAUACAAUAUACCGGACAUACGAUUAUUUUGGAGCACAGACAGUGGUUUCCUUUGUCAAUUUCAUGAGACAAAAACAACAGCCGAAAUGCAAUACAAAACCGUAUCAAAGUAUAACCAAUGCUAUAUGGAUGUGUCAUUUUGGCUACCAGAUACCUACACAUUAGACAACUUUCCGGUCAAUAGUUUUUACGCACUUGUGCGUGAUAUCGGCGGCGAUCUUGUCGAACAAGUCAAAAUAAUCGACAAAUUCUUUCAUCCGAAAGAGAAGAAAAAUAGCCUGUGCUUCCGCGUUAUUUAUCGCCAUAUGGAACGGGAUCUAACAAGAGAUGAAGUAAAUGUUGUUCAUUGGCAGAUUAGAGAUGAAGUUGAAAAAGAAUUCAACGUUACACAUCGUGUUAUUUAGUUUUAAAAUUAGUUUGAGGUCAAAGACCACCGAUCGUGAUUAUCAAAAAUAAUGGAAAUAAAUUUAAAACAAAUAAGUAUUU